GUCAAGGGGAGCUUGGCCCCUCCUGGGCAGCGAGGGAACCGCGAGCGCUGCGGGCUGCCUCGCCCAGAGCUGCGCUGGCUCCUCCGGGCUCCAGGUGGCGCUGUGGGGCAGCCCGAGGCAGCCAGUGUGUGGCUAGAGCGGAGCCCCGUCGGCAUCCGGAUCCCCCGCCCCCCGCAUAUGGAAGGAAGCGGCGCGCGUAGGCCCGAGACCCCGAUGGCGCUGAAGGAGGGUGCCGCUGCCUCCAGGGAGCUGCUGUCCGUGGGGAGCGGAGGAGGUAUUCAUGACACACUGUUGAUAAACUCAAAACAUGCCAGCAAAAAGGUCACAAGUUUAGAGACAGUUCGGAUACCAAGGAGUAACAUUUUGGACAGAGUUCAGAGCUUUCUACCGCAGAUGGCCCUUGCAAACAAUGAGCUAAGAAGAGAAAUGGCAACAGCACCAGCUCAUCAGUUUGAUAUUGAAAAUCUAGACAGCUGCCUUGAAAACAUUAUAGAGAUGAAUGUAGCCUUGGUUGAAUUAAGUGGUUCUGACACCGAUGAAGAAAUAAUUUCAGAAGACAGCUCAGAAUCUGAAGAGGACAGUUGUGCAACUGAUGAAGUUACCAUAGACACCAUUAAACUUCCAAAACAAAAAGGAGAAAAGGGCAAAAUAGAAAUUUUGGACAGCAAAGUGAAUGAGUAGAUAAAACUAUUUUCAGAUUUCCAUUUCUGAAUGUAUCAUGUGUCCUGACUACUGUGACCCUUAGAAAACUAGCUAAUUUCCAAGUGUGUGUCACCUGGAAACUGGCUAACUGCCAGUCACUUAUGUCACUGGAAGUACUGUGUUUAGUAGGGUGGAGAGUUUCUUAUGGCUGAGAGGAAAGCUGGAGCUCUUAAUCCUAAGACCUGACCUGACCUAUCCCCCAAGCUAUAUAGAAAUGAGUUCCAUCAGGAGGUCAGGGUAGGGAAGAAACAGCAUGAAACUUAGUAAUUUGAGAGGUUGCACUGUAAAGCUAGGCAAGAAGUGUGAAGUUCUUGGCCUGUUUUGAGGUGAAGAAAGGAUUACUAGGGUGUGCGGUUACUUACUUCAGGAGAGGGAAAUAAUUAGAUAGGAGGAAGACAAAGCUUGUGUUCUGAGAUGGGAAUAAGAUGUGUUAAGAUACUCAAGUAUUAUAUACUUGUCUUCACUACCAAAUACUAAAGAUGAGCACACAGUGCUUCAAGAGUUAAAUCUAAGGAAAUAUGCCUAAUUUAUUCUUGUCUCCUUAAUUUUAUAGGGAGGGGCUAUUUUACUGUAUUUAGUUUAGUCAAGUUUUGCUUUCAAAUGAUGUAUCUCAAUGCCUUUGUAGAUUAUAAGUUGUUUCUCAAAGAAACAGUAUUUUGUAAAUAAUUUAAGGUUAUAUUCUUACUGUAUUUACUUAGCUACAGAAGAUUGACUAGCAAGCGGCAGUUAAGCACAGGAUUUAAAAUGUGUUAUUUAAACUUAUAUUUUUCUUCUCUGUUUUCAUUAAAGAUAACUGUUUGGAACAUUUGAUCAAGAUAAUGAUCAAUACCAUUUCUAGUCUUUGUUGAAGAGCAUGUCUUCUUUUAUCUUUCUUUAUUAAUAGGAAAAAUAAAAUCUUACUAGCAUCAAUUGCUAUUGUGAUUCAAUUUAUGGCUAAAUUAUUAGUCCAAAGCAGGUCCUUUGACUCAUGUUGCUAGUAAUCAAUCUUUCUGAAAAGCAGCAGCACUUGGGAUAUGGGCUGUAUAAAGACACAGUACUGAGAUGAUUAGUUUCCACUUAUUAAUUAUAGUACAUUAGAAUUAAACUGUUUAAACAGUUUAAAAUCUGGAGGGGACCUGGCCUAAGAUGUGACACUGGACUACUAAUGUCACACGUUACUUUAACACUGCUUCCCCCUGAAAGGAGAUUUAGACAUGCCAGUUUUACUCAGCACAACUACUUAAUGACCCAUAUCUAUACACAUUAUUCCUUGUGUCUCUGGCUAUUGUAUCAAAAAACCUCCUAAAUAUCUGUCAACUGACAAAAUCCAAAGCGGUUGGGGAACUAGUAUGGUUGUCUGUUGAAGGUACUGUUUCUAUGGUAAAUAAAACACUGUAAGAUACCUUUAUUUGGAUAGCCUGGAUACUGUUCUUUAUACUGAGGUUUGCAGUGGCAUCUUUAUAGACUAAUAUUACUCAAUUGUAUUUCAAAUACACUUUGUCUACAAGCAAAGUGAAGGAAUUACGCUGUGAUUUAAUAGUACAUUGCACAAGGUGGAUACAGCUUGUUUAUAAUGUCACACUUCAUAAACCUUGCUUAAUGGGUGUGUAAACUGUGUCCAGAACUGAAUGUUUAACUUUCUUGACCAUGUUGAUGUGCUUGGUAAAUUGAAGGUAAAAAUUGUCUUGUGGCUAGACUACUUUUACUACAAAAACAUAUUCCACAUUAACUUGAGUCUAACUUUGGGCUAUUCAAGUAGGAAAAUAAUUACAUAGAGCUCACAAAUAGAUAAUUUUGUUCCUGUGAUACCAGCUAGAGAUGAGCAAAAAAAAAAUUGUUUUUUUUGGUUUGGUAACUGAACUGGAAAAAAACAACAAAAUUGGUUCAUUUCUAACUGACACAAUUUGUGUUUUUUCUUGCCAAAACAAAAAAGUUUUGAGUCCAUUCUAAUUUACACUUUGAAACAGUUUGUUUAGACUUUAAAUAUUUUCCUUUUUUCUUUUAAAGGAAGGGAAAAAAACCCAGCUGCAACUGUUUGCUAAAUUUACACAUGGCUUUGGUCUCACCAAAACUGUAGUUUUCAGGAAACUUACUGUUCACUGAAAAAACUUCACCAGGCUGUAAUACCUGUUUUCAGAAGGUGCAUACAUUUGGCACACUGUUCAGCUGAUCUCAAACUCAUUAAAAUAUUGGCUGUAAGAUGCUGUAGCUUUGUGGAACAGUAGUUUCUCUUAAAAUGUUUCUUGGAGUACAGAAUGUGCAAAGUUAUGUUCAUUAUCUUGAAAAAUGCUUGGUCAUUAUGUCAGAUAUCCUUUAUAUUUAGUACUUGAUAAGUGUAAAAUAUGGUUUACUGUCUUAUGCCAUAAUCUUGCAUUAAAUGCUCCUUGAGGUAAAGUGAGUGCAUGUAACGUAUGUGGCAUAAUUACUUCACAAUAGUGAUAGACAUACACAGAUACAGCUGGUUUAAAUCUAUUAAUAUAACCACCAUUCACAGUCCCAUACAAAUUGCACAUUCCACAUUCACAAAAAGAUAGAAUAUAUUUUCAAUAACUUCAGCUUAAUAUUCAUAGUUUAACAAAGAUCGUAGUAAGUGCACUUUCUUGAAUUUAUUUCCAUUUUAUGGCACUAAGGUUUCCUUUACUGCUGAAAAGUCAGAGCUGUAUACUUUUGUUGAAAAACUUGAACUGUUUUAUAACAAAACUGUAUAAUAUGCAUUUUAAAGUACAUUUUAAGAGAAGCUUAAUGACUAAAUGUAUGUUAAAAGGUUUAAAAUGAUUGUGUAAAAUACAUCUCAUAAUAAAAAAUUUAGGCACAUCAUGGGCCCAAUCCUUCAGUCUUACAUAAGCAAUCUCCCAUUGUCCAAGUUAAGAACAACUCGGAAGGUUUAGAUAUCUAAAGACCAAA